CCCCCUACUCGUUUGCAAACGCUUUGUGACUCCCUGCAUCCUCACCUUUCAGUGUGGGACUAUGUAAUCAGCGCUGUGAGCACUCACUCUGGAGGCUUCUUGUGAAUGGAUGCAGAGCGAGUAGCUUUCUUAUUUAUUAUAGGAGCUUGUUGUGUAGUGUUUAUAUUUCUCCCUUUUUAAGCGCACUUUCUAACUUUCCUUUAAGAAAUGCUUGCGUCCCAAAGCCGGAUGAACCUGCCCUGAUGAACAGCUAGGGAAGAUAUUCAAUGCUUCGAAAUUAUCAAGAGCCAUAGAUUAAAAUCGAUUAAUAACUCCAUCACCAUUGCUACUUGUCGCGAAGAGUCUGAUCGCUGGACGCUUUUGGAAUAUUUCGUGUUCCUCGUGUGGCCGUUUUCGCGCAGGUGAGCGGAUCUUGUCUUCAAGGCGUGAUUUUGCCUAAAUGUUCGGAGCGCAGGAACCCGGAGAAGUUGCCUGUGUAAAAGAGAGAAGUUUUGGGGAAGAGAUGGAUUCGGUCCGGUCGUGGGUGCGGAAUGUCGGUGUUGUGGAUGCAAACGUAGCAGCACAGAGUGGAGUAGCCCUGUCCCGUGCCCACUUUGAGAAACAGCCCCCCUCCAACCUGCGCAAGUCCAACUUCUUCCAUUUUGUGUUGGCCCUCUACGACCGGCACGGACAGCCAGUGGAAAUAGAGAGAACAGCCUUUGUUGACUUUGUGGAGCAUGAGAAGGAGCAGACGGGAGAAAAAACCAACAACGGUACCCACUACAAGCUCCAGCUUCUAUACAGUAAUGGUGUGAGGACAGAACAAGACCUUUAUGCCCGUCUUGUUGACUCUGUCACUAAACAGCCCAUAUCAUAUGAGGGACAAAACAAGAAUCCUGAGAUGUGCCGUGUCCUGCUUACCCAUGAAGUCAUGUGCAGCCGCUGCUGUGAGAAAAAGAGUUGUGGCAAUCGCAAUGAGACGCCAUCAGAUCCUGUUAUCAUCGACAGAUUUUUCUUGAAGUUCUUCCUCAAGUGUAACCAAAAUUGUCUGAAGACUGCAGGGAACCCAAGAGACAUGAGAAGAUUCCAGGUGGUCCUCUCUAGCACUGUUAGCGUAGAAGGUCAUGUUCUUGCUGUGUCCGAUAACAUGUUUGUCCACAACAACUCCAAGCAUGGCCGCCGAGCACGAAGACUGGAGCCAGGCGAGACCCUGGAGAACCCCAUGGAAUAUGCGACUCCAUGCAUCAAAGCUAUUAGCCCCAGUGAAGGCUGGACCACAGGGGGCGCUAUGGUGAUCAUUAUUGGGGAGAAUUUCUUUGAUGGUCUGCAGGUGGUGUUUGGAAGCAUGCUGGUGUGGAGUGAGUUAAUCACUCCUCAUGCUAUUCGAGUUCAGACACCCCCAAGACACAUUCCAGGAGUUGUAGAAGUCACACUGUCCUACAAAUCAAAACAGUUCUGUAAAGGAGCCCCGGGACGAUUCAUUUAUACAGCACUGAAUGAACCAACCAUAGACUAUGGCUUCCAGAGGCUUCAAAAGGUCAUUCCAAGACAUCCUGGAGAUCCUGAAAGAUUGGCAAAGGAGAUGUUGCUGAAACGAGCAGCAGACCUAGUUGAAGCAGUUUAUGGAAACACCCACAGUAACCAGGACAUGUUGCUGAAGAGGGCGGCGGAUAUUGCAGAAGCCUUGUACAGCGUGCCACGGCCCCACAGCCAGCUGCAAGCUCUGCCCAGCUCCCCGGUGCAUGGCAGUGUCAUGGGACUAAGCUCCUACCCCUCCCAGCUGGGGGUCAGCAUUGGAGAACCAGGACAAACCAGUGGCCAAAGUUACAUGCGUAACUCCAGUUUGUCUCCACGUGGAUACCCAUCUGCCUCCACCCCUCAGCAGUCCAGCUAUGGGUCUGGAGGAGGCAUGAGUGGAGGAUAUGGAGCUGUUCCCAUGAGCAGUCUGGGCGUACCCGGCUCCCCUGGCUUUAGCAGUGUUUCCCCAAACAGCUCUCCUUAUGGUAUUAUGCCAUCCAGUCCUACUAUUCCCGGCUCCAGCUCUUCUUCCUCUCUCCUGCCCUUCUCAUCUUUUCCUUCCACUGCUAAACAGAAGAGUGCAUUUGCUCCUGUCCUAAGGCCACAGGGUUCACCCUCACCUGCCUGCCCAACCUCAGGAGGCAACAGCUUCAGAGCAAUGGCCGGUCUUGUAGUCCCACCCAUGUAGAAAACAAGGCCUCACCAGCCAACAAGACCUUCACAAUCAGCUGAUGUUGAGUGGAUAUGCUGAGACUAGUGAAGUCUCAGCCUUCUAACGACUCCUGUAACACACUCAUCAACAUUCCAAAUAAAGAAACUGCAAGUGGACAAGAAGCUCCAGAGACUGAAUAUUGUAAAGUGAAAAUGAUGGCAAGCAGUGGGAUCUGUCCAUCAUUAGAGAUAAGGAGAAGAAUGUGGUGAUGUGAAUGUGACAAGAGGACAACCUGGGCGAAAUGUUGUCCUUUUAAAGACAUACAGAAGAAAGGACACCUUCUACAUUUUAUUCAUAACUUCCUCUUAGUCCAGAGAGGCUUUAUCAGCCAUUCAGUCAAGACUGUUUUUUAUGCUUGAACAGAUUCUGAGUCAUGAGCUAAAUGGACUCUCAGCACAUUCCAGUAAGCAGGGUGCUAGCAGAUCUCUGAGAGGACUGUCCAAAGCUUUUUCAAGGGUUUUCAGAAGCCAGAAACCUUGUUCACAAAGACUUAUUGCAAUGCCAUACUGAACAUUCCAUUUAUAAACAUGGAAAAAUGUAUUUUAUUUUGUAGCUCAGAAAUAAGGGAACUUAUACUUUGUACCUCCCACGGUUGUGAACUGAUGACCUCAUAUAUUGACUUAUUUAAUAAAAAAUGCUAUAUAAGUUAUUAUUUUUAGGUUAAGUAAUAAUAUAAGCAAGUUUUUUUUAUUCUAUUUGUAACUGUUUUGAACCUCUACUAUGUUGUAUUUGUUGCUAUGUUACAAUUUUAUAAUAAAUGUUGUUUGUGUGUCAUUUUUAAACCCCAAAUGUUACCUGGAUAAAUUAUGAGUUCUUUUUGUGAGAGAAAAGAAAUGUAGUGAGUAUUUUUUUAAACAAUUUACAGCGUGGCAUUGUGUACUGCUACUCCAAAAAGACAAACAAGAAAACAUUUCUUGUUUGUCUUUUUGGAGUUAUGAGCCUUAUAUACAGUAAGCAUGCAAGCUCCUAAUGUAGUACAUUCAGUAGGAAAUGAACUGUGAUACAGUAGAGAUCGAAAUUAGAGAACAACUUCAAAUUCUAAUUCAAAGUUAUCCUAACAUGACAAGAAGCAAGGCAGCUGAAUCAUAUUGCAUACUAUAAAUAUAUUCUAUAUUACAAAAUAAGAACAAAAAUGUUUAAUUUUAAAAAUUGCUGUGCUUUUGAUAUACUUCAUAAUUAUGGGUGCUUCGUCAUCUGACAAAUAUAUUUUUCUGGCACUUUUUUUUACCACUUUAUCAUCAGUAAAAGGAUCAUUACAGAUACUAAAACCCAGGGACAGCAGGUUGUUCAGAUUAAGACUAGGAGAAGUUGUAAAAUAUUGAGGAUUUACUGUAUACUAAUUCACGAACAAAGCCUGAAAUAUACUGUUCAUCCAUAAAAGACAAACAAAACCAGAGCAGUGUGAGGAACUGCUGACGUACUGCCGAAGUCUUUUAAAUAGUGUAUGUAUUGUUCUCUAAUUUUGGUCACCACUGUAUGUACAUGAAACUGUUUCAGUCAUUGUACCCCAGAAAUGUUCCUCAGCAAUGUUACACUUUCUCCCUGCACAACUACUCUGUAACUAUGCAGUAAAUGAUUAUGCUUCAACAAUAAGUAAUUAUUGAUUUAUGAUUCCUUAUCAUGAUUUCAACAAAGCCAAUAAAAAUGUAAAAUUAAA